GUCUGUGGGAAGAAGAAGUUCAUCUGGGUCUGAACUGUUGCUGUCCUAAAAUUUUAAGCAAGUGGAGCAGCUCUGAAGAUCGCAGGAACAUCUGGACGUGGAACAUGGCUUCUUCUAACGUGGCUUCUUCCUACACCUCGGGAAAUAUGAUGGUGGUCACCCACAUGCUCCCAGCGGCUCCCAGCGGGUUGCAGCAGCUGCCGCUGGAUGGAAGACACAAGUUCAGGAAGGGACAUCCCAAGGCGCUCGGGACCGUUCAGAUCAUGAUUGGCGUGUUGACGCUGCAGUUUGGGAUCGCGACGGCUGUCUACCAACCUCCACUGGGAGCUUUCAGCGGGAUCUUUGUUUGGGGAGCUUUGAUCUACAUCGCCUCUGGAUCUGUGACGGUGGCUGCUGAGAAGUAUUUGAGUCGUUGCCUGAUCAACGCUUCUCUCGUGCUCAACAUUAUAGCAGCAGUUGCUGCUGUACCUGGUGUCAUCCUCUAUGGGAUGGAUCCCGCAGUCUUCUUCAGCUACCCCUACAACCGCUACAGGCCUUAUUACUAUGGUGGCUAUUCGGCUGUGGUGGCUGUGUUCCAGUUCCUGGAGCUCAUUGUUUCAAUCAUCGUGUCAGCAUACGCCUGUCAUGCAACCUGCUGCUGCAUGGAGCAGCCACAAGUCUUUGUUCAAGCUGUAGAAGGUCCGGUCACCCCUCAGGCUCCGCCCCAUUUCCCAGCAGCAUCUGUUGCCCCUGCUCAGCCAAACCCUCAGGUGGAGCCCAACUUUAAAAACCCAGGGUUUCUGGGUUCUGCUGAGCCUCCAGCUUAUCAACCUAACUAACCCACACACAUCAACUCUGAUCAUUGCAACGCUACUGCUCUUUCUUUUUCUGUAACCUUAAAAUAUGUCAAUGAGACAUGAGAGACUUCCGUAGAAUGUAUUUGAAGGAGCUUCAUGGUGGUAAAUGUGCAUUCUGCUUCUGACUUUUGUAAAGCAUGGACGAGAGAAGGGAGAGCGUAUGAGAACGUCAAUAUAUGAGUGCAAGCUGCAAAGUGAUAUAUCAUUGCUGAAAUAUGGAUCAGAUAAUACUUUGAAAAUCAAUGUGCAGACAUUGUGAAGACAUGUUGAAGUCUCACUCAACUGAUUAUAUCAAAGAAAAAUGGGAAAUUGAGAGAAACGUCUCAAUACCAAACGAGGAGUGGUUAAAUGCAUGUGAAUCUUUGUGGAAAUGUACUAAUUCUUACAAGUGGCGGGAGUUUAGCUGGAAAUGCCUUGUACGCUUCUUUAUAACACCAAAGCAAAAUUCACACUUUGCUGUGGAGACAGCCUCAUGCUGGAGAAUGUGUGGGGAUGGGGAGGCAGGACAUUGGCACAUACUCUGGGACUGUCCCAAGAUAAAACCUUUCUGGCGAGAUGCUUUGAAAGCUCUUGAUAGCAUCUUCAAUACUAGGAUCCCAUUCGAAUUCUUUACUUUGUUUCUGUUAAAUUUGAAUAAUUUUGGUGGAGUGAUAAAUAAAUAUCUCUUCUCAGUUUUGUUAAUAGCAGUGAAGAAAGCAGUUACAAGAUGUUGGC